AUGGCGAAAUUCGUACUGGCAGGUACUCACUAUCCUAUGGGACAGUUAGCUGUAGGCAGCAUACAAUCAGAACUGUUGCUAUUUUGGUUUUUUUUUUUAUGUGCUAAUUUUGCCAUUUGAAUUUUAAUUCAUUACACUUCUGAGUUUAGUAAAUAAGCCUCAAAAUAGCUGAUCUGGGAAAAUGAUUUAAUGGAACACUCAAGUGUUAUUUCUAAUGGUCUAGUGUUUCUGUCCCUAGGACUGGUGGUCCCCAUACUAUAUCCAUAAAAAGUUAUACAAAUAGUAUUUUACUUACUUUUUCCCAGCGCCAAGGCUACCAGCGUUGCUUACCUCUUUCCCUCCAGCAGCAUCAUAAAGGAGGCAUGGCAUCCUCUGGAGUCGGUCCAAUUCAAUGCUCCUCUAUGAUGAGAACUGGGGAUCCAAUGCGCAUGCGCAGUGAGUGCCACAUAGGCAUCACAUUUUUCCAUAGGAAAGGUUACUUGGUUACUGCAGCAGAAAGCGCCUUCCGUGGCUGUCAAUAUGUCCUCUACUAGAGGUGUCUUUAACCCUGCAAAACAUUUUGUAAAAAACUUAAUUGUAUUAAACUACAGGAUUAAACCUAGAGGAUGACUGGCCACUUCAAGUAUUAAGAAAAUUGGGCAGACUAGAUGGACCGAAUGGUUCUUAUCUGCCGUCAAAUACAGUCAGAGUUCAUCACAAGACCACAGACAACCGCACACAUACAUAACACUACAGGCAGCCCAUAUACCCACGCAAUACCACAAACAAUCCACAUACACACCCAUAACACAACAGACAGCACCACACACAUAAAUAUCACAAAUACCACACACACAUAAAUGACACAGCAGCCCAUAAUUACUCACACAACAUAACAAACAGUCCACACAUAACCCUACAAACAUCCCCAUUCAACACCACAAAGCCCUACACACACACACACACACACACUACCACCAUAUACUCUCACAUAACAUAUACAAUGCAUACCACCCAUACACAUACACAACCCCAUGCACAGGCCACAUGUACACACAGAAAACCUCACUAAGCAGCCACUAUAUCCAGACACAAGACAUACACAAUUCACCAACACAGAAAACCGUAAAGGGACUUCAAAACUUUCCUUAGGCUCAGCACUACCAAAAAGUUACCUACUACUAAUUUACUAUAUGCUUUAUUGUUAUGUCAUUUCUACAUUAUAGUAUUAUUUAGGGUUAUAAUUCUUUAAUCAUAUGACAGUACUAGGAUAUGCAUAUCAUGAUUUGCCCCAAAUUGGUGAACGUUACACCCCAGAUUAGCUUGACAAAUGUAGAUGCCAAACCUUAAUUUAUUGUAUUUGUUGUCUAUUAAUGAAUAAAUAAAUUAACUAAUAAUAAUAUUAACAUAUUUUUAUUCUAAUAAUCACAGGAAAAGCAGACUGUCCAUAUUAUGCCAAAGCAGAACUUCUUGCGGAUUAUCUUCAGAAAAAUCUUCCCCACUUCAGAGUGCACAAAAUUACACAACAUCCUGAUUAUUGGGAGGUGAGACAUUAUUGAGAAGUAACAUUAUUUUAUAACUUAUGUAAUCACCAUUAGUUUGGAGACUUGUUGUGCAUCAUCAAUGUAUCUCAUUGAAGAUAACAUAGCUCCAAACACAGCAAGUCUGAAUGCAUAUGUGUCAACUUACCCAGAAUGCCUUGUGGAACAUCAAAAUAGACAAAGGAUAACCAUAUUUCUUAUAGCUCCCUUAGCAAUGACCUGCUGUUUUAUAGCAUAACAUUUUAAGUCAGUGUUUGUUUUGAAUCGUGGGUCGAGUGAACCAUUGCCUAUAGCCAUGGACUGUGUUGUUUUAUUCUACUAGGAUUCCACUGCAUGGCAAAGCUUUCGCAGAGAGUCCUGUGUUGUAUCUCAGGCCUUGCCUGCCACUAACUACCUCAGCAGUUUAUAUUUAUGAAGAAAGAGGGAUUAACGCACAUGCUUUAGAUUUCUCAAGACAAUAUUCUCAAAUUAAAAAAGCAGAGAGAAAAAAAGUUACCUGCGCUCUCUCCUAAAUCCCUAUGUAUAUUUAAACAAAUGGAGGUUAUUUAGUUACUCCAAUGGCCAUUGGAGGGAAUGCCCGCCUGCCACAUCAAGGCAGACCUCUCUGGUGGGUCCUACACUAACCUUUCAGUUUGCUUCCUUGAGCUUCUGGCAAAGAUAUAACUUUUUUUCUUUGUUUUUUUACUGUCUGUAUUGGGGCUGAUGUGUACUAUGGUCGUUGAUGCCGCCUAGGAGUGUUGGGAGUUUGAGCGCAGGACUUGUUUUUUUUGUAAUUAAAAAAGCAGACUGAUGCAUGUUCACAUUUUGUUUUCUAGCAAUGGUUAGCGGAGUUGUGUCUAAACAAUGGCUGGAAACACAAGAAAUCCCCCAUAAUUUGGAGAGAGCUUUUGGAUCGAGGAGGAAAGGGCUUGCUUAUCGGGGGAUUUAAUGAGUUCAUGGAACAUGCUCAGGUAAACCUGGAACAGUGAAAACAUGAAACACUGCUUAUAGUGGCCUACAAGGUUCACUACAGUGAGAACUCAAAGUGAAUUUCAGAAUUAAGACCAAAAUAGUUUUAUUGGAAAACAUUUCUGAGUCAGCUAUGCUUUCGGUUCAGUUACUUUGGCCUUAAAUUUCAAAAUGCUCUUUGAAUUCUGUCAGACAUAUUAUGCUUCACUUUAGUGUAUAAUUUGAUGUGUGAAUUGUUGUUUUUCUUUGGAUUCUCCAGCUCCUUAGUAAAUGUUGUGUACUUAUUAUUGGGUGUAUGAAGGCUGAUGUCUGUCAUUAUCGACAAUUAUAUAUGUAUAUAUUAUUUCUAUAGCCCUAAGACUGCACACUGUAUCAUACACUUGAGAUUUUUUUUAUUUAUUUUUUAAAUAAAAAUUUUGCAUAAGACCUAAUAUACACUAGCAAGAGAAAGUAUUAUGACUUAAUAUGCCUACACUUUUUAAAAUUAGAAAUAUCAUAACAGGAACAAGGAAACAAGAAACAGAGAAUGAAAAAAAGGAAAAUCAAUAUAUUUUUCAUAUCAGUGAAUAAUUGUCCCCGGGUUUUAUGAAGUGACCGAAGAGUUAUAGACUAAACUUGUUAAAGGGUUACUCCUAGAAUCUUAACCACUACAUCCUUUUAUGAUACCAGCGGCACCCUGGCCCAGUUGCCGGUAAUGGGGCAAAAUGUUUAAUAAUGGUUUGCUUGCUUACCUAGGUCCCUGCUGGAUUCCAAUGUGACAAGCUUCUAGCAUCUGCAGUAGCCGGAAGCCGCUGGGAUCGACAUUUCUUGACUGAGAGUGUCAGCUGACUGCUCUUAGCCAAUGACUGAUACUCUGUGCAACAAAAGUUGCACAGAAAUUUCCAGGCUGGCUAAUGACACCCCUAUGAAACUACUGGAGGUGGAAAUUAACCAGUAGAGGAGUUAAUCUCUGUGUUAGCAGCAUAUCAAAGUGAAAAGCUGCGUUUACAGACCCCAGGCACCAUAACCACUUUAAAGCACUGAAUUACUCAUGGUGCUUGGAGUAUCCCUUUAAUUUAUGCAACAUAUUUUUUUGCAGGAUCUUAAAGGCACACUCGAGGCAUAUUCCUUCCCUUUUCUCUUAUGUUUGUCGGACACCUUUCUCACAAAUAAAAAAGUGAAAAAAUUAAAAAUUAAUUUGAAACUUGCCUGUAACCCAGCACAGUCUCCAUGCUGCAGCUUCCCACUUCUUCUGAAAUCAUCAGUGUUUAUGAUUUCAGUCCAAUCCAAUCCUUCUCACAGAGAAGCAUCGUGAACCAAUGGCUUAUGCACAACAGUCUGCACUCUGCCAGUCUAAAGCUUCCAAUAGAGAAGCAUUGGAUCCAUUUAGUACUGUUAGCAGCGAACCUUUCAAAUUGACGAUCUUCAACUGAAGUGCUUCUAGUGGCUGCCAUCUUGAUUUUGGACAAAUGUAAACAUUGCUGUUUCUAAGACAUAUAUCUAGCUUGCAACUAAAUAUGAAGUAUUUAGUUUGCAAAUUACCUUGACAAAUGUCCAGCCACUCAUCAGAGGCUUACGUACAUCUAAAGUCCAAGCUCUCUCUAAUCUAAUAAGCAAGUGAGGCUACUAUACAUAGCAGAAAUAGAACCUUUUGGAAGAGACCUUGAAUGCAUAGCUUUGUGAGGGGAAGAAAGAUUAUUGCAGCUAUAGCAUUAUACCAUAUCCCAAGUUAACAUGCAUGGCUAUGGAGUUGUAAAUAUUUGAAAAAGUCUCUGAUGGACACGCAGGCCAUAGAACACAGUAUUUCCAAAAAACAUCUAAGUUAGUAAACACUAUUACCUGCAUUCCUGGCGGUUUCAUAAAAUAGGGAUCAUUAAAGAUGGGCUUGUUAAAUCACCUUUAUCAGACAGGCAGUAUAAUAUUCCAAUAUUCCUGGCUUAACUUAAGGCGGAUAGCUUUUGGCUCUCAUGAACGAGGUGACUUCCAAUAGUUUUCUUAAGCUACCUGUACAAAGGAUCUGCUCAUUGACUGAGAAUGUCAGCUGAUCACCCUAAUCCAAUGAUUUAAGCCCUGCAUCUCAGGGUUUAGCUCAGUGCAGAGAGCUUUCAGCUCUUAUGUUGAAGAUGUCUGGUGCUCAGUUGACCCCAGGUUAGUUGUCAAACCAUUACCAGUCAGUUUGAUUGCUUACAUUUGGAGGGCUGGGGGUGUGCCAGGCACUCCUGGCAACAUUACCACUACAAUGCUCUGUAGUAGUUAUGGUGCUUGGAGGUUCCUUUAAGGAUGUAGAUUUUUGCUUUUUGCAACUGUAUCCAAAACUGUUUUAGAACAGAGAGCAUAAGGUUUGACUCUAAAUCCACCUAUCUGCAUUGGAAUAUGGGGUCAUUUUUUUGUAUCUUUGCACCUCUGUUCUGAUACUGUCAUUUUAAUUGCAUGCAUUUAAUGGGGACAUGUUUCGGUAUUAUUUUAAAAAAUUUCUUUUGCAAAAAUAUGUAGAAAUCCUCAGAAAAGCUUCUACAGAAUAUAUAUUCACCAAUUAAGGCCCAACGGAAUUUCAUGCCACUAUCAUAAUCUGGUCUAUAAAGACCCUGUUCAAGCAUACUAGGUCCUCUCAUUUAGCACUAGCAGCGCUACACAGCGUCGCUGUCACCAAACAUUUUAAUAUGGAAUAGAUUUAGUACAAUUGUACUGUUAUUGGAACUUAGGGGUUAAACAUUAUACUAUAUUGCUUAAGCCAUCUUCGAGUGUGAGCACUAAAAGUCUAAUAACUCAUUCAACAGUUCAUGGCACAAUCAUCAUUUGCUGGCAAAUAUAAAUAGCGUGAAAUAGAAUUUGAUUGGUGCUCACUAAAGUUAAAAUAGACUAAAGAAUAUUGCAGGCAGCAGUAUAUUAUACCAGGAUUCCCAGACCUGGUGAAAUAGUAGGUGAUGAGAAAAUAUAUAUAUACCGAGCCCAAUCUAAGUAGUACUACUCUUAUACGUACAUUAGUCUGGAUUUUAUAUGAUCAUUGGUCUUUGAGUAUUGGCAACACAAUUGACCUAAAAAAAAUACCAAAUAAAACAAUGAUAGUGCAGCACAGUAUAUAUUUAUAAAUAGUGUGUUUAGUUCUUGUGUAGAAUACACUCACAUUCGUUAGAGCUAAUUUACAGCUCUGCUGUUAUUUUGCAUGGACGGCAUAAUCCCUGUUUUAGAAUGUGAGUUGGUCCAAACGAUACAGACACUCCAAAUGGGAUGUAGUAUACAGGGUAUAUGUGGAAGUAAAUAAAAGGCUCCAAUGGUGACGUAAGUACUUAACAACCAGAUAUGAAUAAAGAAAUGUAUAAUCCCCACCAAUGGAUAUAGUAGUACCAGGAAGCAGAAUGAUUAAUUAAUAGUGGAAAGGUAAGUCUAUAUUAAAGUUUAACUUUUAUUAAACAAGAACAUUUAAACAGCUCUAACGAAUGUGAGUGUAUUCUACACAAGAACUAAACUCACUAUUUGUAAAUAUAUACUGUGCUGCACUAUCAUUGUUUUAUUUGUAAUUUUUAGGUCAAUUGUGUUGCAAAUACUCAUACCAAUGAUUUUAUAGGAUCCAUACUAAUGUACGUAUAAGAGUAAUACUACUUAGAUUGUGCGCCAUAUAUAUAUUUAUAUAUAUAUAUUUUCUUUUCACAUAAAUAGAUAUAUAAAUACAUAUCUAGUUGCUUUUGUAGUUUUUCUGUACCAAUCAGCAUGGCAGGCCUAGUGCUGGAAUGAGUAUAAGCAAUGUUUCACGAAAGAGUCCCUUUAAUUCUCAGUUCAGAGACAAUAUAAUUGUUUAUAUAUAACCUGAAAUAUAUCAUUUUUUCUAGGAUUAUUAUAACGUCACGUCCGCAAUGGUGAGUGCACAAAUGAAGGAAAUUGCUUCUGAGAACUAUGAGACUCACAUUGAAAUUCAAAGAGAAGAGGAACACAUUAAAAACAGUUUUAACCCUUUACAUGUCUGGAUAACUAGGUACGAGUAAAAAACACUUUCUAAAAUAAUCUAAAAAAAUAAUUUAACAGCACAAUAAAAAACAUGCCGAAUAAUCUCAUCCAAAAAUAAAAUGUAUUUAGAGCAUUUAAAAUAGAAAUCUAAAAAGUAGAAUUCUCCAAAAGACAUAUCCUGUGCGAGGGGUUGUAUUGUUUCCAUCAAUAACUUUCGCCUCCAAACACAACAUUCUAAACUCUUUUCUAUCCUCAUCCCACUUGCUCUGCUGCUUUUGAUACCAUUGAUUACCUGACUCUUCUCUCAACUUAGGCCAGUCAUGGUAUUCUUCCUUGCAUCAUCUCUAUCACUCCCCUUUCGCACACCAGAAAUGUAUUCCCCCAUCUCACCAUCGCCCCCCUCAUUUCAUAACCUUAUGAUCAUCUUUGAAUCACCACUUCUAAUAAAGAAUCUACUGUUACUCGUGACUAUACUUUUUACCUAUUUAAUAUACACAAAAUCCACCAACUACAGAUCUUCUCUUCUUCAAAACUCUACUUCCUCAUCUUCACCAGACUUGCUCACUGCAACUCCCUUUUACAUGUCCUUUGAAAAUACCCAAUAAUUCAAUUUCAACACAUCCACCAUGAUGCUGCCUUUAUAAUCCCAAACAUGUACAACUGUGCAAAUCUCUCCAUAACCUUGCUCCUUGUUACCGCUCCUCACUUAUCAUCUUCUAUACUCCUACCUGUCCUCUCUGAUCCCUUGUCUCCAUAUCGCUUGUCCAACCCCACAUCCAUGUGCUGCUGCUUGAUUCUGUUUUUUUUUUUUAACUUCUAGAUCCUUGCCACUGUAGAAUAUCAUUUUUCAUAUCCAUUUGGCCAAUUCACAUUCACCUCAUAUCUCUUCACUAAAGCCUUUACCAACACUUCAUAGCCCAAUCCCUUACUGGUCCAUCUCAGUUAAACUCAUCUAACCAUAUCCUUCUUAUUAGUCCCUACUCCUAUCAGUGUAAGCAUCACUGUGGACACAUGACCAAGCCUGCUAUGCAGAUUAUACACUGUUUACCUUCCUUCUUCACUGGACACAUUCUCCACCUUGUCUUCACUGUAAUCUUGCUUGAGAAGUAUUUUUUCAAUACGUCAUGCUCAUAAUCAGCCAAGCAGCCAACAUUAUCUCUCUAGGAUGUUUUUCAUAGCACUUUGUAGGAAGUGCUACAUCAUUGGAGUGUAGCUUAUUUCUCUACUCCCAUUAGCAGGGUUCUCUUAUCUUUUUGUAUCAGUAUGUCUUAUAAUGUCUAUAAUUUUUUAUUAAUUUAUGAAUGGCACUCGUUAACAGUGCUUUAUAAUAAAUAAAUAUCUCAAAUGUACUUCUAAUUUAUCUUUGUAGUGCAUUAUUGCCUCCAUGCUACAAUCUGAUUCCAAUUCUGGCCAGUGGAGAAAUAUUUGGGAUGAACAAUGAGAUUUGGUUGCAUUUGUUGGACAGCGCCCACUGCAUGGAUAGUCUUUCUGCUGUAAUUAUGGAAACCCAAGAUUUGGCAUAUCCGCUUCUCAGAAGAGUCACCAUGCACACAAUGGCUGAUGAUAUAUUCAAGCAGGCAAACGUUGUCAUUGUUCUCGAUAAUGCCAUUCCCAAGGUGGAUCAAUGUCCUGAAGAAUAUAUUAAAAUGGUAACCAGUGAAUGUGCGAAGUAUGGCGCGCUCAUUAAUCAGAAUGCAGACAAGGACGUGAAAGUGGUUGUGGCAGGAAGUAGCUAUGUAAACCUGAAGGCACUAAUAAUCGCAAGCAAUGCACCUUCCAUCAACCAGCAUAAUAUCGUGGCAUUGCCAACACAGCUGGAAUUUGAAGCUAAAGCUCUGAUAGCAAAGAAAUUGAACACACAAUCAGCAGGUGUGAAAGGAAAUUGAUUUUGUUUCACUAUUUAUUACAUAAGGUGCCAGCAUAUUCAUCACUAUAAUAUAAUACAAAUUAAAACAUAUGCAAUCAGGAACACAAAGGAACCAUCUUAUUCUAGAUUAAGAUAAGUCUUUACAAAUCUUAAAAGGCAAGAAGGGUUAGGUAUGAGAAGGUCAAGGUUUGUUAACUGAUGAAAAAACAGGCAGCAGAAACAUUAGGAGCUGAUACAAUACCUAAAACAAGUGGUCAAUAUUAGGGAUUUUAUAAAAGUUUGGAAAAUCUAGCAGAACAUUAUAAAUAAUGCAACCUUAGAGAAGUUAUGUGUGGGGGAGUUAAAUAGUGAAGUUUAGAGCCAAUAUUUUGCACUGUAGAAGAGAGGUAAAGGAGAUGAUAGUAGUGAUAAUUUGCGGUAGAGUUGUGGGAACCAUACCAGGUGAGAACUAAGGUUUUGUAUAAAUUCUUACAAAAAUCAAGAAGCCAUUGUAAAUAUAAACAGAUGCUGUUUAAAGAGGCAUGGUUAAGCAGGCUAAGUGUGGGCCAUUUCCUAAAUACAGGGCAAUAUGAUACAGUACAAACCAAUGUGAAAUAUGUAGAAACAGCUGAGUUGGUUGAUGAUGAAAGGAUGUUUGUUUUUUCUUUGCAUUUUCUGCUAAAAAGGUCUGCAUUAAUUUGGAGGUUGAGAGAUUGUGUGAGGAGCUAAAACAGACCCCAAAGUUGACAAUGAUGCCAAAAGGCAGGAAUCCUGGGUUCAAUGAAAAUUCAGAGGGACACAUUCAGAGGAGGAAAAAUCUAAAAUGCAUUUAUAAGCUUAAUACAUAACUAUUUUUUUACAUUGAUUAAAAAGUAAUUUAUGAAUACACAGAUAAUAUAAACGCAUACAGUCCUAUAAGUAAUUAAAUACAUACCCAUGGACAUUUAAAGUGACAGUUUACCUUGCUAAGGUAUUGAAGAGAUAUGAGGUAUUGAGUUUGGUUGGAAUAAAUGUUGAAAUUAAUACCUUCUGCCCAUAACCUCAUAUUUAACUGCAUAUCGUCUUUUAUCUCAAGGAAUACUCUGCAACAACUGCUUAGUGUUCUGAAUCAAGAUCAGUAACCCCAACCUAAUGACUAUAUAUCCCUGACUAGCCCCCAAAACUGUUUAGCAGUGUUUGUUUGUUUAGUGUUCAUUCCUAACAAGUAAAUAUCACCAUUCACCAAAAAGUUCUAUAUAGCUAUACCCCGCUUUACAUACACUCACUUUACAUACACAAAAACAUACCCGCGAGUGUACGUAACGGUGCCUCGCAAGUACGGACAUUCCCGCUCCUCUUCUGUCAGUGAGGGAACAGGAAAUGGAAGGUUCUAUUCUCGCCCGGAGCAGCUCAGUUCAGUGUCUUUGGGGCAAGAAGUUUUCACACCUUCUGACAUGGCACAGGUUAAUCAUCUCAUUCUGUUUUUGUUUUAUGGGUUGAGUUAGGAUCUGUAAACCUCAAACAUAUCAGGACAAAUGUAUAAUGUCUACUCCUAGCUGAACAUAUAUAUUUUUUUUUCUGCCCCUACAUUGUCCAUAUUCUGCAAUCGGCUGCCAUCCAGAGAAAGGGUUUACCCUGCCAUUUUCUAUAACUAUGACUUAGCAGCUUAGCUGCAUUAGCCACAAUUCCGAGGAUUCAAAGUUAAACCAUAAAUGCUUAAAGUGAUGAAGAGGUGUUUCUAAACAAAGUUUGCAACUAAGCUGCUAAUAAAUACAAAUUGGCACUGUAUUGACAGAAAAUGGCCCAGGGGCACAUUUGUUUUACUUUUCCUCUUAGUUUAAAGGGACACUCCAGGCACCCAGACCACUUCUGCCCAUUGGAGUGGUCUGGGUGCCAACUCCCACUACUCUUAACCCUGCAAGUGUAAUUAUUGCAGUUUUUUCUAAACUGCAAUAAUUACCUUGCAGGGUUAACUCCACCUCUAGUGGCUGUCAACUAGACAGCCACUAGAGGGCACUUCCUGCAUCAUAGCACAGAAAACCUGUGUGAGGACCUCCAGCGUCGCUCAAUUCCCCAUAGGAAAGCAUUGAAAAGCUAUGGGGAGCUCUAAUGCGCAUGAGCAUUAGGUCUCUCCGGCCGGUGGGUGGGAUCAGUCUCACCCACAGGCCGACGUAAUACAGCGGCCUCUGGUAAGUUACUGAAGGGGUUUUCACCCCUUCAGCAACCGGGGAUUGGGGGGCUGGGAGGGAGAGGGGACCUGCAGUGCCAGCACUGGCGUUUCCCUUUAAGGUUGUCAAAUGGUUAAAACAUUAAAGAUAAAUCUGGAAUGAGAUUUUUCUUUUUACGGUUUGUUUUAACUGAAUAAAAGCCCACUGGAUAUCACUAAAUAAAUCACUGGAAAUCUGCAGUUGCAGUAUCAGUUAUGCCUUUAAAUUACUAUUGCAAUGCAGUACAUGCAUUGGGAAGUGAAAAAAGAUAUUGCUUCGCUUUAAGUACAUUUUCGUUUUACAUAUAUGCUCUGGUCCCAUUGUGUACUUACAAGUGGGGUAUGCCUGUAGUGUGUUUUAGGUCCUGAAUAAAAGUUGUGUACUCUGAAAUUUAGUGUUUGCUAAAAAUUGUCCACUACAAAUAUCCUAACACCCUUUUCACUAGACUAAUUUAUGUAGCUCAGAUAUAAAUUAUUUAUCAAAAAGACCAAAAGGAUACCGCACUUUAAUUUAAAGAAAAGAUUAUUAAAUUGUGAUUUAUUGACACAACAUAGUAAUACUAGAUUUGAAAGGAAGUAACAUUCCGAGCGCGCAUCCCCGGACCUGCUUGGCCUCCCGAGCGCGCAUCCCGGACCUGCUUGCCUCCAUCCUGCUAUCACAGAAAAGCUACUCAAAGAGAUAUGAACAAAGAGCUAAAUUGGAAACACUGGGUUCCUUUCCUGUUCUUUGAAGAGUCUGCAUGUCAUUGAAAACCCAUCAGGAGGCCUCCUUGAUUCUCUAUGGGUAAGAUCUGACCAAAUCCUAUUAUAGAACGUUUUUCCUUAUAUUUUUAAUUUUUUUUCAGAUUUUUUGUUUUUUUCCGUUCAUUUUCUUUAUUUUUUAUGGGAUCUACAGCAACAUACUCCAGAUUGGGACAGGCUAAUAGACUCCUUGACUAUUCUUCAGGAACUUUGAUUUCACAGAUGACUGAUAACUAUUUCUCUAAGGGUUUUGCUUCUUGCAGAGGAUCAUUGGCAGGCAGUAUUGUAUAUUUUAUAAUGCUGUCACUUUAUACUCUAUGUAUAGGUAGAUUGUAUUUAUGGUGAUUUGGCAACUAGCACUUUAACAUAUCUUUUGCACUUUAACUAUGGUGGGCAAGUCAUUGAACUGUGAUGUAUAUUUAUCAUUGCACAGGAUAGAUUAACACUCUAUCUAGUAUUACUAUGUUGUGUCAAUAAAUUAUCAUUUAAUAAUCUUUUCUUUAAAUUAGAGUGUGGUAUCCUUUUGGUGUUUUUGUAUUAUUUGAUUUUGUGUUCUUAGAGGUGACCUAGAUACCUGCACCUUGUGUGCGACUAAGUGCAAGUACUAUUUUCAUUUUUUGAUUAGUUAUUUAUCAAUUGUGCGUCUUGUUUUGGCAGCUGUCAAGGAUGUGAUUGUCUGGGGGAAUAUUAAUGGAAUCAAUCACCUAGAUCUUCGUGACGCAAAAAUUUACCAGUUUGAAAGCUCUGUGUGGGGACCUCCAACCUUCUCACGUCCGUUGCUUAAUAUGAUAUAUGACAGGUGUGUCAUGUGCCUUAUAAUUAUACAGAUAAUACAUUCAUGUUUUUGCCUCUGUUAAUGUGUUAAAAACUUAUUGCUUUGUUUCAUUUUUGAAUCAUUAUGGCAAAGUAUUAUGUUUUACAGCAGUAAGAUAACAAGGUAUAUUGUUUGAGAGAGGUAAUUUUUUUUAUGAGACUGGAAAUGUCUUGAAAUAACAUUUUUGUUAAUCUUGUUUUUCUGUCUACCAUUCUGUGAGCUGGUCAGACAGGGACACCUCUACAGACCUCUGUGCAUUUAAUGUUCUAUGAAUUGAGAGAGAGUUAUUUACCAAAGUGUGAAUAUCUGGGAAUGUGGAAAUGUGGAAGUCAAAAUGGCAAAAUUGGGAAAAUUAUCCAAGUCAGUUAUGUUUCCAGUUUAGCUGUGUUGGCCUAAAAUUUGAACUUCACCUCAAAGUCAUAAAAAUUAACACUUUAUGAAAUAAUCCUGAUAGAUAUUCACAGGAUCUUUAUUUUUGCACUGAGAAUCUUAUGUAAAAUGUCUAUGGUUAGGUAUAUUUUUUCACUGGUGUGCAUUAGAGCUCAGUUAUAAAUGUUUUCACCAAGAAACCUUUAAAGCAAAUCUGUAACAUCCUGAGAUUUUUUAUAUUAUGUUUACUCAUCCCCUAUUUUAAACAAAUAUGUGUUUAUGAGUACUGCAGUAUUAAGUUACAUGUAGAAAUUAAUACUGCUGUAUUUGCUGUAUGGAAAUGAACACUUUGGAAUGGCUAAUUCAAUUAUUGUUAUAAAUGAGGGCAGGCUUAGAGCUGCAAUAUAAAAAUUGCAGUUCUCUGGGACUGCAAUAUUUAACAUUGUGGCACUAAGUGCAAAAGGGACACAGCACCCAGACCACCUCAGAGAGCUGAAGUGGUCUGGCUGCCUACAGUGUCUUUAAGCAAAAAAACAUAUGCUUAAAAAGCAGUUAUUCUUUAAUACACGUAUGUUUUCAUGUGCGUGAAUGCAAUAUUCUGACAUUUAAUUUACAAACUAGCCAAAUAAAUUAAGUAAUACAUAAUAAUGAUAAUAAAAAAAAAUCUAUUUUUGUUUCAAUAUGGCUUAUUUUCAAAUUGAACUUGGGCAAUUUAGUGCCUUCUGAAAAAUAAGCAACUCAUGAUAGAAAUGUCAUGUCAAUUAAAACAAAACACACUGGUGAAAAUUGGCUUGGUCUCUUCACUAUUGAAAAUGGCACAGCAGAGAAUAGGUUAAUAUCAAUACACACAUUGGUUGCUUGCAUAUCACAUUUAAAAGUUGUGAGAUGCUCUUGAAAUACCAAUUAAAGCUUAGAAAUAUCUGUAGUAUUUUAUAUUCAUAUCUUCAUUUCUCCUCCUAAUCCUGAUAGGAAAUGGCUUAAGAAUAACCUUGUACAAGAAUGGCGUGAAAGAAGGGAGCAUCGUUCCGGCAUGUCAGCUGCCCAUUGUAUAGCCAAAGUUUUGUCGUGGUGGCAUAAGGAUUCGGACACUGGAGAGAUAGUUUCAUUGGGUGUAAUGAGUGAAGGUUUGUAUUGGAAAUAAAACACACACAAAAAUAAAUGUAGUGGAUGAAAAAAUAUUUAGAACCAGGCCAUUCAUUAGGCUGUCUAUACAUGCACAAUUUAUUUAUUCAUACACACUCACAGUAUCUGCAUACACUGAUGUCUUUUCAUUUCAUUUUGUAUUCAUAGCCAAUAUUCCUAUAUAUAAAUAUUCUCGUUCACCAACAACAUUGCAGCUUAUGACAUCAUUAUUUGUAAAAUAUAGUUUUCAUUGUAUCUCUUCCUAAAUAUAUAUAUAUAUAUAUUUCUGUUAUAGGGGAGUUUGAGCUGCCAGCUGGUAUUGUUUUCUCCAUGCCAGUGCGAUUCCAGCACGGAGAUUGGCAGGUGUGUAUUCAAGUCACCAUCCCAGAGGAAAUGAAAGAUAUUUUAUUGCAAGCAGCCAAGGAGCUAAUCAAGGUAAUUACAUACAAAAAUCCCAAUGGUAUUUUUGGAUUGAAUAGAGGGAUCCCUAUGGUACAGUAGCUGCCUUUGAUGUUAGAGGUUGAACCUGGCCUUCUGAGUUGUUGUUUCUUUGAAUAAUAGUAUAUGUUUGCCAUAUGAUUUUUAAAUAUCUGUAAAAACAAAAGACAUUUGGUAGUGCAGAAUAUCUAUGUAACAUUACACUCUCCUUUAAAAUACCCAAAAGAAAUAAACUCACUAAUCCAAGAGCCAAUUCAAACUGCCUAUAUGUAGAUCAGCAUAAAAGUUAUUAUGGAUGUGCCUCUUUGCUUCUUUUCCAUAUGAAGCGAUCUGUAACAUUUGGAUAAUAACAGGGAGGCUCCAGUACACUUUACAAUUUUAAUGUACAAAAACAAUUUAAAUAACCCUUACAUCCAAUUUGUAAGCUCAAAGUUCAUAAAGUUAACUUAAAAUGCCACGCACAACCAACUUCCACUGUGCUUCUACUAAUUCUGUGACCCGUACUGCUCCAGUCAUUUGGGGAGUUGCCAUGUCACUUCAAUUGUCACUUGCUUUUUUGAUGCGUUUUGCUCUAUCACUUGGGCUUUCUCUGAUAACUAAUCCUGGAUCUCAAGUGUUUGAGCUGCUCACCUUUUUUCACUAAUUUAGAAGAUUGCAAACGAAAAAAACAAUCAUUACAAUUUAUAAACAACCAUUGUCAGGGCUGCCAUCAGAAAUUCUGGGACCCCUUACAAAGUCUGUCCACAGAGCUUGCCCUGACUCCACCACCCAUUACAUCACCACCUCCCAGGCACAUAAGACUGCAGUAGGUGAUGCAGUGUGUGUUUGUAAGGGAUGUAAUGUGUUUAGGUAAUGAAGCGCAUGUGUAUGGCCAGGCAUGGGGCACGGUUCGGUGGCACUGUAGAAGCUCCUGCAUGGUGCCCAUGCUGCUCUAGCAUACCCCUGCUGAAUGCAGUGUUGGGGCAUCGCCAUGGUAACCUGUUGAAAAGCUCUGACAACAAGGAAGCAUGAGAGGGAGAAGACCCAGCUAAGGAGCAGACAGACAGUCUCUGUGAAAGCCUGCAAUGUUGGGUGGAGGUAGAACUUUAACCUCCCUCUCUGUGGCUGUAUGUGUACAGCGAUAUUCGCUAUAUAAAUUUUUCUGACUGAAACAUCACAUGGAUGAAACUUGGUUCGUGUUAACCAAAUGUUUUUUGCCAUGCACAAGUCUACUAAUUAUAGAAACUUGUAACUAGUUUAUAAAACAGGUUUCAAUUAUAGACUGGUGGCUUUAAAGCCACACACAAGCCUCCAUGGGCGGUCUUCAUGAAAAAAACAUGAAAAAGUUAAAUUUUAUUAAAGCCACGCUUUAGCUUAUAUUACUUUACAAAGUAGUUUCAUUCAUGUGUUUUAAUGAAUUAAUUUCUAAUCAUUACUGCUACAAGACUUAUGCUACACAGCCCUACUAAGUAGAGGUUUGUAAAGUAUGUGCAGCACAAAUAUGCACAGUACACCCUAUGAAAACACGGAGGACCAGGAUUAAAGCUGUAAACCUUCAACAAACAUGGCACUUUCAGAGGUAAGUAUCUCUAUUGUUUUGGUGGGAGCGGGUCAAUAUAAAGGAUGAAAAACAGCGACUGAGUUAGAAUUAAUUAUUUUACACUAAUUGCAAACAGCUGGGGUUUUAUAGUGACCAGAAUUUAAUAUUGUGGAAGCUGUAUUUACACAAACGAGAGAAAUUAUUUAUGAGUGGCGAUAUGCAAACACUUGGACUCAACCAUUAGAACCUGAAAUAAUGGUGUAAUUGCUUGUUAUUAGAUCUGUACAACAAUAAUAUUACAAUUGAUUAUUUGGGUAUUGAUUUAAUUAUGCAACAGCUUAGUGCACUUUAAAUUGUAUUAUUGACAUAAAGCAGUAAUAUUUAUCCUAUUUAUCUUGCAGUCAUAGCAUCAUUAGAACAAUUACAGUGACAUGUAAUCGUCUUGCUUCUUACCCUUUAUUGCAAGCCCUGUUCAAUAAGACACCCAUUAAUAUCCCUAUUAUUUAGAUCCACCCAGGUUACAAUAGUGAUUUAUAUAGUUGUUAUCGUUCAAUAGUUGAUAUUUAAUUACCAUUCUAUAGAUUUUAGUAUCCCCUCUUUGACUAAUUCCGCAAACCUUUUAUCCAAAUCAGUUAAGGAAUUUUAUUUCACAAAAGUUAAAUAAGUGAUGUCCUAAUGUUAAAUAUCUCAUAAAUCCAACAUAAUAAGUAGCAGUCCAUUUUUAUUCACCCCAGUAAACAUGAUCACACAUUUACUUCCUCCACUAUUUUGGGCCCCAUUAUUUUGAAACAUACUCCCAUGAUAACUUGACCAUCUGCCCAGUCCACACCUAUUAUGAAUAGGUGCAAUGUGUAGAGUAGAUCUAUUUUACUACAAAUGUAUUUAUCAAUAAAAUGUUUUAAUUAGAUUUCUAGUUCUCAAGUCUGCCCUGGAUAAUAUUUAUACAUUUUACAAUUUAUGGAGGGUUACUCUUUUUUUUUUUUUUUUAAACUCUGUCGAAGAAGGCUGUUCUGCCCUUUUGCUUUUUGAAAGACUCGACAUAAAGUGCUAAUGAGUAGAUUGGAGGGUGAGGCUAGGGGGUGGGAACAUCUGGAGGGAGCAACUUAGGUAGUGUAGAGGCUGUUAGAAGAAAUGAUUAUGGACCAUUAGAGAGCCUAGUUAGUUCUUUUAAUAGUUUUAUGGUUUCCUUGAAAAACAAAGCUGCAUAAUGAGUUUCUUUGUGUGACCCUUAUGAAAAAGAAUUUGUGGUACAAAUGAAAAUACUAGAUAUUUUAUAGUUUAAGACAACUUGUGUUUUGCUUAGUCAACCAUCUCUAAAAGAAAUACUUUGUAGGACCUGGCAACAUCUAUUUUGAUAAUGUCUAAUGGCUUUGCAAACCAUAGGUAUAGAUCGUGUUUUCUGAGAGUCCCUUGUUGAGUCAAGAAAUUACAGAUCAGACACAUGGACAUUCCAGAUGCAUGUGGGUUCUCCCUUUGUUCUCUUCACUUUAUUCAGUGGAGGAAGCCAGAACAUGGGUGCAUGAAAAAUGCAGAGUAAAACUUAUAAAUGGAAGGUUAGCUAAUCAAACUUUGCUUCACUUAUCUCUUAAAAACAUGAUGUACUGCGCCCUUGAAAAGAUGUACUAACACAAUGUGGUCACAGUUUAUUUUAAUUAGAAACUUUAUUGAUGGGUAGCAAAUCUAUUUAGACAAUUGUGUGGUUUAUUUUAGUUUUUUUAAUCACUAAAGUAAGAUGUUUAAAAUUAUUUAAUUCAGGAAAAAGCAAUUGGGCUAGGAUUGCCCCAAGAAUAUGAAAUAAAUGAUAAACCAAGCGAACAAACCGUUAUUGGUAAGUAGCAUUUUUUUUAUAAUUUCAUUACAAUAUCUCUAAAUGUCACUGUAAAUUAAAUAUUCUCAUGUGACAACAUUUAAGUUCAGAUGUAUAAUUCAGAUGUCCUGUUGUGAUGAUUUCACAAAAUUUCAGUAUUUAACUCUCAAGUCGUUAGCUUAUAUAUCAGAGUAUGAAGAUACUGCAGAAAAUAACCAGCAUCGAUUUUCAGGGUGAGGAUGUGUUGAUCCUGAGACCUUUCAGCUGUCACACUGAUGUGGGCUACAACAUAUUGAUAUUAUUACAGAGUACGGCAUUCGGAUAUAAAACAAAACUUAUAUUUAAUGCCUAAUUUGAAAUUGGGCAUCUCCACUGCAAUCACUAGUAGAUGCACUACCCACAGAGCUAUCCUUAAAUUGGUGAAUUUGAUCUUAGUAUACAACAGUGGUUAAUGAGUUAAAAGGUGUUUCUAACGUUAAAAAGGUGCUCAGUUGCGUAUUUUAAUUCCACUUAAUGCACCACACUGUCUCCUUCUGCAUCCUAAUUACAGUGAGAGAAUGAGGACAUACAAGAAUGGCAAAGCUAAUGUAUGUUGACAUUAACUUUGAUACAUAAGUGUAUGUAAAGCAUAUGAUACGUGAAAAUGCUUGGUGCAAUGAACAUCACUAAUUUCAAGGCAAAGCAGUAUUUUUAUGUCAACUUUUUAAACCCAUGAAAUGCCAUAUCAAUCUCCAGUAUUCUGGUGUGCUAGGAUCAUCCUUGGUGAGGAUGGUGGCAAUGUAUGGGUUCUAAAUUCCUCAAUAUUUUUUGUAUACACUGAUCAGCCACAACAUUAAAACCACUGGCAGGUGAAGUGAAUGAGAUUGAUUAUAUUGUUACAAUGGCACCUGUCCAGGGGUGGGAUACAUUAAGCAGCCAGUGGACAGUCAGUUCUUGAAUAUUAUGUUCUGGAAGCAGGAAAAACGGGCAAACAAAAAGAUCUGAGUGAUUUUGACAAUGGCCAAAUAGUGAUGGCUUGACGGCUGGGUCAGAGCAUCUCCAAAACAGCAAGUCUUGUGGGUUGCUCCUGAUGUGCAAUGGUAAGUACCUACAAAAGUGGUGCAAGGAAGGACAACCAGUGAAUCAGUGUCAGGGUCACUGAUGCCCAAGGCUCAUUGAUGCACAUGAGGAAUGAAGGCUAGCCCAUUUAAUACUGUAGCUCAAAUUGCUGAAAAAAGUAAAUAAAAAAGUGAUAGAAAGGUGUCAGAACACACAAUGCAUUGCAGUUUGCUGCGUAUGGGGCUGCAUAGAUACCGAACGGUCAGAGUGCCCAUGAUGACUUAUGUCCACCAACGAAAGUGCCUUCAGUGGGGACAUGAGUGUAAGAUCUAGACCAUGGAGCAGUGGAAGAAGAUUACCGUGGUCUGAUGAAUCUUGCUUUAUUUUAGAUCAGGUGGAUGGCCAGUUGCAUUUGCGUCAUAUAUCUGUUGUAGAGAUGGCACCAGGAUGCACCAUGGGAAGAACGCAGCUGGUGGUGUUGUUAUGCUCUGGGCAAUGUUCUGCUGGGAAACCUUGGGUCCUGGCAUUCAUGUGGAUUCUUGCAGCGUGGCAUCUUGCCACACUGCAAGAAUUGUUCAGGAAUGGUUUUAGGAACAUGACAAAAAGUUAAAGUUGUUGCCUUUACCUCCAGGUUUUCAAGAUCUUAAUCCGAUUUCUCAGACAUAUUAAUAUUUUGUCCCACAAUUAUCCCUAUAUAUUGAGCAUCUGUGGGAUGUGCUGGAACAACAAAUCGGAUCCAUGGAAGCCUCAUCUAACAAUUGCAGGACUUAAAGGAUCUACUGCUAAUGUCUUGGUGCCAAAGAAUCUGCUGCUAAUGUCUUGGUGCCAGAUACCAAAGGCCACAUUCAGAGGUCAUGUGGAGUCCAUGCCUGAAUGCAUCAGAUCUGUUUUGGUAGCACUAGGGGGAAGUACACAAUACAAUAUAUAAAAGAAUAGGCUUUUUGUUUUGUGGCUAAUUAUUAUAAGUAAGCGGUAUAUUUUGCAUGUUCUGUCAUCCUCUGUCUCUUCAUACAGAUGGCAAGUCACUGCUAACUGAGCACACUGUUAACCUAUGAAUGAUAUAUUUUCAUUUUAACUUAAAGGGACACUCUGGGCACCAACAUCAUCAGAAUUAAGUUUCUAUGGUGCCUGGAGGUCCCCAGCAACGACUUACUUUUAAGGAUUAAACCAUUCAUGAAAAAAAGAGAAGUGGAUGGACAGGGGCAGAGCUAAAUGGUGCUGGAUUAAAGAUGUUAGGGUUAAACCAUUCGUAACAGGUCAACCCCUAAACGUAAGCUGGUACUAGGGACCUCAUGACCCCGUAACAACUUAAUUCCAAUGAAUGUUAUGGUGCUCAGAAUGUUCCUAUAACUUUUUGUCAGAAGUGGUGAUUUUCACUUGCAGCACUUAUAGUGUUUAUGUCUUAGUAAUUAAUUUAUGUAUUAAUAUAUCAAUGGGGGAAUGUUUAGUAGGGAGUUUAGUUGUAGGCAAACAAGUUUGAACCAUUAUGCACAAGUUGGACGCAAAACAUGAUGUGGCUCAAUCUAUCCAUUUUAUUGACAUUUUAUUGUAUACUUAGAAAAUAGAACAGACAACGGGCAGAAUGCUAGGUAAAAUUUGAUUUUUUUUUUUUUUACCUGUAGAACCAAGUUCUGUGGACCUUCUACCAAAACCUGAUGUGGAAAAUAGCAGUGUGCUGCCAAUGGAAAAUAUCAUCAGUGAACCCGUGGAAAGAAUUAGCAGUCCAUUUAUAGAAAAUAUAAGCGAUCAACCUGUGGAAAGGAUUAGUAGUCAACCCAUGGAAGAUAUAAGUGAUAAACCAGUGGAAAGAAUCAACAGUCCAUUGGGGGAAAAUAUCAACAAUCAAACUGUGGAACAAAUCAGCAGUCCACCAUUGGAAAACAUCAGAGAAUAA